AAAAUCCCAUUCCCCCACACGCCGCCCAGUUCCAUUCCCCUUCUCCGUCCGUCCCUGUGUUGCCCGUGCGCGCGCUCACCGUGGAACAAAUGGCGGGACGGAACGAGCUGGUGGUCAGCUUCGGCGAGAUGCUGAUAGACUUCGUGCCCACGGUGGCGGGGGUGUCGCUGGCGGAGGCGCCGGCCUUCCUCAAGGCGCCCGGCGGCGCGCCCGCCAACGUCGCCAUCGCCGUCGCGCGCCUCGGCGGCGCCGCCGCCUUCGCCGGCAAGCUCGGCGACGACGAGUUCGGCCGCAUGCUCGCCGCCAUCCUCCGCGACAACGGCGUCGACGACUCGGCCGUCGUCUUCGACGCCGGCGCGCGCACCGCGCUCGCCUUCGUCACCCUCCGCGCCGACGGCGAGCGCGAGUUCAUGUUCUACCGCAACCCCAGCGCCGACAUGCUCCUCACCGCCGACGAGCUCAACGUCGGCCUCCUCAAGAGGGCUGCAGUCUUCCACUAUGGAUCAAUAAGUUUGAUUGCUGAGCCUUGCCGGUCAGCACACCUCCGCGCCAUGGAGGUUGCCAAGGAGGCUGGCGCACUCCUCUCCUAUGACCCCAACCUGAGGGAGGCAUUGUGGCCAUCCCGUGAGGAGGCCCGCGCCAAGAUCUUGAGUAUCUGGGACCAGGCUGACAUUGUCAAGGUCAGCGAGGUUGAGCUUGAGUUCUUGACUGGCAUUGACUCGGUGGAGGAUGAUGUUGUCAUGAAGCUGUGGCGCCCUACCUUUAAGCUCCUCCUGGUCACUCUUGGAGAUCAAGGGUGCAAGUACUAUGCCAGGGAUUUCCGUGGAUCUGUUCCAUCCUACAAAGUACAGCAAGUUGAUACAACUGGUGCUGGUGACGCAUUUGUUGGCGCUCUGCUCCGAAAAAUUGUCCUAGAUCCAUCAUCGUUGCAAGAUCAGAAAAAGCUUGAGGAGGCGAUUAAGUUUGCCAACGCAUGCGGAGCAAUCACCACCAUAAAGAAAGGGGCAAUCCCUUCACUGCCCACGGAAAUUGAGGUCUUGCGGCUGAUGGAGAAUGCAUAGAAUGCUUAUGGUUCUCGCUAGCUUCGUCUGCAAAUUGUAUUGUAUGCUGAUCUGGAUCUGGAGCAAGGUGUACUCCCAAGAUAUGUCUGCCUUUUUGUUUGCCCUACUUCCCUUUCUGAAAGGGGUUUUUGUUUUGAAAUUCUAAUUUAAAUAAGCAGAGCCUUCAAUGUCAUUGUGCCCCGUUUAUGUGAUUAAGUAACCAGUCCUUACUGGAAGUAUUAUUUUUCUCUA